AUGCUGCUGCUGCCCUGGGUGGUGACCACACAGGUGGAUGUGGUCCUGCUGCUGGUCUCUGCGCUGGCUCUCUGGACCAGACUGAGUGGACUGAGCUAUCCCAAGAGUGUCGUAUUUGAUGAGGUGUACUACGGCCAGUUUGUGUCUCUUUAUAUGAAGAGGGUGUUCUUCAUUGAUGACAGUGGGCCUCCUCUUGGACAUAUGAUUCUGGCGGCUGGAGCAUAUUUAGGUGGUUUUGAUGGCAACUUUGUGUGGAACAGAAUAGGAGCCGAAUACCCAGAGAGUGUGAAUGUGUGGAGUCUGCGGCUGGUGCCUGCUCUGUGUGGGGCCCUCAGCGUUCCUCUGGUCUACUGUCUGUCCCUGGAGCUGGGGGCGUCCCACUUGUCUGCUCUGGGGGCUGCACUGCUCUUUUUGCUUGAGAACGCCCUGAUCGUACAAUCUCGGUUCAUGCUGCUGGAGUCGGUUCUCAUCUUCUUCAUCCUCUUGUCCUUCUUUUGUUACCUGCGCUUCCACAACACGUGUCACAGCUCGUGGUUCAGUUACUGCUGGCUGCUUCUGUCUGGAGCCUCCAUUGCUGUGGCAGUAGGGUACAUAUCACUUGAGGUUAAGUACAUGGGCCUCCUGUCCUACCUGCUACUGUUGGGGGUGGCCUGUGUGCACACCUGGAAGCUGAUUGGAGACCGCUCCUUCAGCCAUCUGAGAGUCUGUGUGCAUGCCGUCUGCCGAUCAGUGUGUUUGGUUUUGGUGCCGGUUCUUCUCUAUGUGUUCUGGUUCUACAUCCACCUCACUCUCCUGCACCGCAGCGGGCCCCACGACCAGCUGAUGAGCUCUGCUUUCCAGGCAACUCUAGAGGGGGGCCUGUCUCGUAUCACCCAAGGGCAGCCACUUGAAGUGGCCUAUGGCAGCCAAGUGACCCUCAGGAGCUCUGCCGCCAACCCUGUGCCCUGUUGGCUACACUCGCACAAAGCUAACUACCCGAUCAGGUAUGAAAAUGGGCGAGGCAGUUCCCACCAGCAGCAGGUUACCUGUUAUCCUUUCAAAGAUGUCAACAACUGGUGGAUUAUAAAAGAUCCUCUGAGGCAGGAGUUGGUGGUGGGCACUCCUCCCAGGCCAGUGCGACAUGGUGAUGUCAUUCAGCUUGUUCAUGGCAUGACAUCACGUUUUCUAAACAGUCACGACGUUGCUGCCCCGAUGAGCCCUCAUGCGCAGGAGGUGUCUGGUUAUGUGAACUACAAUGUCUCCAUGGCUCCUCAGAACAUGUGGACAGUGGAGAUAAGUAACCGAGAGACUGAUGGCGAGGUGUGGAAGACCAUUAUGUCUGAUGUGCGCCUGGUCCAUCUCAACACGUCCGCAGUUCUAAAGCUCAGCGGGACACCCCUCCCUGACUGGGGCUUCCAUCAGCUCGAGGUAAUCGCGGAGAAACUGUUCACUGCUCCCAGCACGAGCCAAAGCUGGACCGUAGAGGAGCACAGAUACGGCACCAGUCAGGAGCAGAAGGAGAGGGAGCUGGAGCUUCAUUCACCAACUCAUAUUGAUGUUAACAGAAAGAUCUCCCUGUGGGCAAAGUUUAUUGAGCUCCAGUGGAAAAUGCUCACAACCAAACAAGAAAACUCGGAACACAAAUACAGCUCGAGUCCAUCUGAGUGGCUGACCCUGGAGACCAACAUUGCUUACUGGCUGCACUCCUCCUCAAAUGCUCAGAUCCAUCUCAUUGGAAAUCCCGUUUCUUGGGCUAUAGCCAACAUCAGCCUGCUUACAUAUCACCUGCUGGCUAUCACCUACUUGCUUCGACGCAGGAGAGGCUUCAAAGACAUUCCCGAAGAUGAAUGGAACCGCUUUGUCUCUCUUGGUAGCGUUUGCGUCGGUGGGUGGCUGGUGAACUUUUUGCCUUUUCUCCUGAUGGAAAAGACGUUGUUUCUGUAUCACUACCUGCCAGCUCUCUGCUACCUGCACCUGUUAAGCCCCGCACUCUUGGAGCACGUCCACUCACACCUGCUGAGGUGUGGGACUCAGCGGCGUGCCAUGGCCGUGUGCGUGCUGGGGUUGGCCGUGUCCGUUUUGUUGUCAUACAGAAACUUCUCUCCUUUGACCUACGGGAGCCCUCAGCUGUCGACGGCUGAACUGCAAAGACUCAAGUGGAAACAGUCCUGGGACAUCUUGUACCGGCGCCGUUAG